UGCCAGCUGGUCCACAUGACACGGAAACUUUACGCGCUCCUCCUAUACAGCCUGGACAUGAGAGCUGCACUAUGAAGACUAAGACUUUACUUUGCGAGAAAGUCCAACACGCAGCUUUGAAGUGGAUUAACAUUAACGAGGUGGACAUACAGAGGUAUCAAGGUCUUCUGCUGUUAAACCACAAAUCUCACACACACACACCCUUUACAUGGAGAGGAAGCCUCCCCCUGGUCUGCCGUGACUAUUGGACUCCACAGUAAAUCAUUAACACGUAAAUGUGAGGAUUCCUUCCAUACACCCCUCAGAUGGGAACAAAACAAAUGAAAGGAACACAGGUCAUUGUUCAAGUAGACGGACCCUUUUGUAUAUACACGUGCCUAAAGAAAAACAACACAUUGAUGUCACACACGGAUCGAUUUUCGUUUCCAACCGCCAAUGGCUGGCCUGAAGCACAUGGUAACAACCCAGAUCAAAUCAUCUUUGGGACAGAGAAGUUGACUAUUAACCUCACUGACUGAUUGCGAGCACUUCUCUUGACUAAAUCUCAGCCAUGGCGACUGCAGGUUAUGGAUACUACCGAGGCACUAUAUUUCUGGCCAUGUUUGUAGGCUACACACUGUACUACUUCAACAGAAAGACUUUCUCCUUUGUGAUGCCUUCUCUCAUGCAAGAUAUUGAGCUGGAUAAGGAUGACCUGGGCAUGAUCACCAGCAGCCAGUCUUUGGCCUACGCUAUCAGCAAGUUCAUCAGUGGCGUGCUUUCGGACCAGAUCAGCGCCCGCUGGCUCUUCUCUAUUGGCCUGUGCAUGGUGGGAGGCAUCAACGUGGUCUUCUCCUGGUCCUCCACUGUCACCGUCUUCUCUGCCCUGUGGUUCCUCAACGGCCUGGGUCAGGGUCUCGGUUGGCCUCCCUGCGGCAGGGUGCUGCGCAAGUGGUUUGAGCCCUCUCAGUUCGGGACAUGGUGGGCGAUUCUCUCCUGCAGCAUGAAUCUGGCCGGCAGCCUGGGCCCCAUUAUCGCCUCAGUGCUGACCCAGAGCUACAGUUGGAGGACGAUACUCUCCGUAUCUGGAAUGAUUUGUGUCGUGGCCUCCUUUUUCUGUCUGCUGUUCAUCAAGAAUGAGCCCAAGGAUGUGGGGCUGCCCAACAUAGAGGCAGCAGCCAAGAAGAGCAAAGGAGGAUCCUCCAGUGAUGAAAGCACCCUGUACGAGUUCCUGCUGUCCCCCUACCUGUGGCUGCUCUCUGUGUCCUACCUGGUGGUGUUCGGGGUGAAGACGGCCUGCACUGACUGGGGCCAGCUGUUUCUCAUUGAGGACAAGGGCCAGUCUACACUUAUGGGUAGCUCAUACAUGAGUGCACUGGAGGUUGGGGGCCUGAUGGGAAGUCUGGCAGCAGGUUUCCUCACGGACAAGGCUGUGGCCAAACAAGGCAAGCAAAUCUAUGGCAACCCUCGCCAUUUCAUCCUGAUCUGCAUGAUGGCUGGAAUGUCUGUGUCCAUGUACCUGUUCAGAGUCACAGUUACUCCCGACAGCUCCAAGGUGUGGAUACUCAUCUUGGGUGCUGCAUUUGGGUUCUCCUCUUAUGGACCAAUAGCGUUAUUUGGAGUUAUAGCCAAUGAGAGUGCCCCAUCCAACUACUGCGGGACAUCACAUGCCAUAGUAGCCCUGAUGGCUAACAUCGGGGGCUUCCUGUCCGGACUACCAUUCAGCACCAUCGCCAAACACCACGGCUGGGAAACGGCCUUCUGGGUAGCAGAGGUCACCUGUGGCAUCACCGCAGUCGGAUUCUUCCUGCUGCGCAACAUCCGAACCAAAAUGGGAAACACGUCCAAGAAGGCAGACUAA